CAAUCUAACACAUAUCUGACGUAUCUUAUGUUCGAUGGCAGGAUUUUUUAUCACAGCUGGCUGACGAGGUCGAAACAUCAUGACGGAUAAUCAUACGGAUCCAAUGUCACGUUUAUUGAAACUCGCAAAUAAAGUCAAUUGCUUUUAUCUGUCAGGGUUCCAUGCAGGUGAAUGCAGAGCCUUUGUCGUUGAUGGACAGCAAGUAGGUCUUGUAAGGCCAGAUGUAAUGAAAGAGUUAUUAAAUCAUCCACAAGUAUUUCAAGUACAUCCGGAAUAUGUACAAUUAAAUCCUGCAUUUCGGGAUUAUGCAGAAAGAAGUGCUCGUGUGGAAGAAGUAUUACGAAAGUGGAAGGCAGAUGAAAAGUUUAUUACAUUACAUGGUUGGAGAGAAGAAUAUUAUGAAGUUCGUGCUCAGUUUAAUACACAACCUUUAUUUAAAAUGGAUCGAUCUGCAACAUGUCUAUUUGGAAUUCGUAAAUAUGGUGUUGAUAUAAAUGGAUAUGUUAUGGAUCCUAUAAAAGGAUUGUCAAUAUGGUUACAAAAGCGUAGUCCUAAUAAGCAAACAUGGCCAGGAUAUUGGGAUAAUAUGGUCAGUGGUGGAUUAAGUGUUGGUUUUGGUAUUAAUGAAACUGCUAUAAAAGAAGCCGGAGAAGAAGCCAGUAUCCCUAAUAAUCUUAUUGAAAAAUUAAAAAGUGUUGGAUGUGUUUCAUUAUUCUUCGAAAGUGAAAGAGGAUUGUUUCCCAAUACAGAAUUUGUUUUUGAUCUUGAAUUACCACCAGAUUUUGUCCCAAGUAACAGUGAUGGAGAAGUAGAGACUUUUGAAUUGCUUCCAGUAAAUGAAUGUUUAGAAAGGAUAGCUUCUACAAAUUUUAAAACUACAUCAGUACCAGUUGUACUUGACUUUUUAAUUAGACAUGGAUACAUCACUGCAGAGAAUGAGCCUAAUUUCAUACAAAUUAUGGAACUCCUUCAUGUUCCACUGCAAACCAUGUACAAUCAUCCUUUAAAAAGAUGUAAAAUUACUGCCAAUGGAGAAGCAACUGAAGCUCUAGGAAAAGUUUAGGUUUAAUUAGAUAAUUAUUUUUCUGCAUGAUUAAAGUUGCUAAGCAACUAAAUUUUUGGUUUAAUUUGGAUUGGCUUUUUAGUUUGAAUGCAUAAUCAUGUUCUUCUUUUAAACAAUCAAAAAUAUGUAUUUACCAAUUAUAUUUAUUUCAUAUUUUAACUUUAUAUUAUUUGCCUUCAGUAUGAUAAUUUAAUUUCGUUUUCAAAAAGUUAUAUGUUAAUGUGUACUUUUUAGGUUGAACAUAGACUAAAAAUAUUUUAAAGAAUUAAUGAAAAUGUUAGAAAAUUAAAUUUAACUAGCAAUACGAUUUUUAUAAAAUAUGUUAACAAAUAAUGGUUUCCUUUAUUCUAAUUGGAAUUGCAUAUGAUAUGUAGAAUUUUGCUAUUUUAAAUGUUUUUAUUUUCAUAGAAACCAUUAAAAUUAAAAUAUAUAAAAUUUCAAUUUGUUCAAUAAUUGAUCGCCCACAAAUUAAUAUAUUUUAUCAAUUUUCUAUGCUAUUUAUCAUAAUAUCUUAAUAAUCAUUUUUAUUAAUUUUAACAUAAUCAUAAAAUUGACGUCCCUAUGUUGAAACCGAAAUGUUAUCGACACAGCAUUCCAAUGAACAAAUUUAACAUUUAAGUUUUAAAUAAUAGAAAUUUCAAUCCUUUUCCAAAUUUAAACUAUUUUCUGUUCAAAAAAUAAAUCCAUGCAUAAUGCCAUCGCAGAAAAAUCCUAAUACUCCAUCUAGAAUUAAGAUGAAAUCCAUUCACAGUAUUAUGAAAGUGAAUGUACAAUAUAGCAUUUUUAUAUGUCAGAACUUCGAAGGCAGUUCAUGUGCAAAUAUGUGUUCUAUAUCCGGACUUUACUAUUAAUAAAAAAUGAAUAGAUUUAGCAUUUUCAUCUAACUUUUUUCAGAAAGGGAACAAAAAUAUUUGUAUUAUUUACCAUAGAUAGUUUAGAUAGAUUUUUAAUUGAACACCAAGUACUGCUGAAAUUCUGAUCGAAUUUAUAUUAGCAAAGAAUUAUUGACUGUAUAAAUGGAAAGCACAAUUCUAUAGUAUAUUAUUUUCUUGUAUUAAUUAAAAAUAAAGAUAUUCGUUUACAAAAACGCGAAAA